AUGGAGAUGCACAUGGUCCACGUGUCCCCCGCCGGGGACGUCGCCGUCCUCGGCGUGCUCUUCAGGCACGCCGACGCCGACUCGCCCGCGAACGCGGAGGUUACCAAGCUGCUCGCGAAGAUCGCGGCGGAAGGCGGACGGGAGAAGGUGCGGGUGAACCUCGGCUCUUUAUACGACUCGAGCGCCGGGUUUUGGGAGUGGACCGGGUCGCUGACCACGCCGCCGUGCUCGGGAAACGUGCGGUGGCUGCUGCAGAAAGGAACGUUCGGGGUGAGCGCGGCGCAGUGCGAGGCGUUCAGGGACCACGUCGGCGGGUUCCCGGGGAACGCGCGCCCGACGCAGCCGCUGAACGGACGGACGGUUCUCUCAUUCGAUCCAACUCGCUCGUAA